AAAAAUAAUACAAUGACAACAAAACAGUCACGAGAUACUACAAAACAAACAAGACACCUGCCACAAACCAAGCUUUCUUUCAGACACUUUUGUUCUGAAAUCAAUCAAAUCUUUUUCAUUUGAUCUCUCUUCUUUUUCUUCCUAUAAAUCACAAACCAAACUUCAAUUAACUUCACUUUCUUGUUUUUCUUGUCUUUCCACACACACACAUGAAAAUAAACAUGGUUCUGAUAAAGUAUUUUGCUCUAUUAUUUUUCACUUUUGAAUUCAAUUUGUUAACCAAUCAUGUUUAUGCACUUAACAUAGGUGCUGAAACCACUGGAGUAGCUGUUUCAGUUAGCAAAGAGUGUAGCAGACAAUGUGAGUCAAGUUUCUGCUCAGUGCCUCCAUUGUUGAGAUAUGGAAAGUACUGUGGACUUUUGUAUAGUGGAUGCCCUGGUGAAAAACCUUGUGAUGGUCUAGAUGCUUGUUGUAUGAAGCAUGACCAAUGUGUCACAGUCAAAAAUAAUGACUACCUGAGUCAGCAGUGCAGCCAAACAUUCAUAGACUGCAUGGAAAAAUUUAGGAACACGAAGGCUCCUACAUUCAAAGGAAAUACAUGCCAAGCAGAUGAUGUUAUUGAAGUAAUCAAGAUUGUCAUGGAAGCUGCUUUACUGGCUGGAAGAGUUUUACACAAACCCUAAGCAGUAAUCUUGCCUACUAAUCAAGUCUUAUGGCAUGAAAAUAAUUCCUAUUUUUCUUUCUUUUGUUUUUAGUUAUCUUCUCACUGAAUUAAUCAAACUCUAAUGCUUUAUUUAUUCACAAAGAAUGCUAUUAAUAUAUUCUUUUCACUGUUUUUGUAAACUCUUUAAUUCUAAAUGGAUUUUUUUUUUCAUC